AUGGCUGGCAGCAAUCCAUUUGAAAACAUAUUGAGUAUUCUUAACGUGAAGAAUCCUGAGACAAUAGCGUGCAGUACCAGUGAUCUCCACAAGGCUGCCACCCGUGGUGACGUCGGUUUAUUACGAAAGUGUUUAGAGCAAGGCGAAGUAGACAUCAACCUUGAAGAUGAACUUGGGAAUACUCCUUUAUAUAUGGCAACAACAAAAGGUCACAGAACAGCCGUGGACAUUUUAUUACAGAACGGCGCUGCCGUGAAUGAUACUAGCUGCAGUCCUUUAUUUGAAGUAAAGGAUGCUCAUAUUGCUAAUGCACUAGUACAGGCCGGUGGCAGACUCGGGGACAGAGACGCCCAGGGGAACACCCCACUGCACAGGGCAGUCACAAGAGAAGACACUGAACUUGUAUACUGCUUUAUUGAGUUAGGAGCAGAUACAAAUGCACGGAAUGCAACAGGAAAUACGCCUCUGCACAAUGCUUGCCAGCACAAAAAAGACGGCCCUGUCUGUGAGAUGAUAACUAGGUUAAUCCAGACUGGGGUAACUGUUAACACGAAAGACAAGGUCGGGAAAACACCUCUUCAUCACGCAUGUGAGAGUUUCUCCAUGUUUGAAUCCAUCUCUAUCCUAAUAAAACACGGGGCUGCAUUGGACAUACAUGAUGGGAAAGGAUAUUGCCCUAUACACUAUCUGAUUGAGGGCUUUCUUCCUACAAGUACAGAAGAGGAGACUGAAUUCGUGAGCAAGCUUGAUGUUUUAUUAAGCAGUUCAGAUGCCAUCAAUCUUACAACUAAAACAGGGCUUUCGUCCGUUCAUAUUGCUGCAUCAGCUGGACUUUGCAUUGUGAUCAAGCACUUGGUUCAGAGGGGAUGUGAUAUUCGAUGCCAGGACGGCCGAGGGAAAAAUGCCCUCCAUGUUGUAGCUUCAGCUAAAGAAGAAAGGAACAACGUUCAUACGACACAGACUUUGAUAUCAUGCGGCUGUGAUGUCGAAUGUUCUGAUUUCUGGGGUUCUACACCACUUCACGAAGCUAUUGCAAACGAUAAGUUUGAUGUUGUAGAACUUCUUGUUAAUAAUGGUGCUGAUGUAGAAGCCCGCGAUAACAUUGGAACAUCUACAUUACAUAUAGCUGCAGCGAAAUGCUCCAGUGCGAUUCCUCUUUUGCUUAGCAAAGGAGCAACUGUUAAUGCUACAAACAAAUAUUUGUCAGCGCCGUUACAUUUCGCUGCCUGGACAGAUUCCUGGUCUGCCGUAGAAACACUGAUAAGACAUGGUGCCGAUCAGGAAAUGAAAGACGUAUCAGGAUGUACUCCCCUUAAUACAGCACUUUUCACACAUUCAGAAUCUGUUGCUGAAAUCCUUAAAAGGGACGAUUGCUCAACUUCAGUGAAAGCUUUUUCAAAUGUUGCUAAUAAAUUGAUGAGUAAAACUGAUUUCGAUAAUCUGUUUCUGGAAGAUGGCAAGAUUACAAGAACUGAUAAAGACAUCACAUCCUUUUGUAAAAGAGUUUUCAAUACCCACGGAGUUGGACAAGUGCUGUUCGAAGAUGAAGCCCGAGAUAUACAAAGUGCGGUCGAAAAUAUUGCAGAGAAUAUUGUUCAAAAGCUAGCUGAGCUGGACCCAAAAUUCAAAGCAACACUGCUACGCGCAGGAAGUUCAUCUGAAGGUACAAAAACAAAAUUCCCUAAUGAGUUCGAUUUCAUGUUUUGUCUAAAGCAAUUCAGCGAAAACACAUAUCCAACAUUUCAGGCGACAGAUGAAAUGAGAUCAAUGGACUCUGUAUCAUUAGUAAAUAGGACCUCUACCAGUGCAACACUUGGGGACUUGUUACAAGAUACAGAAUUUACAGAAAAAUGUGCCACAGUUUCUGAUUACAUAGAGAUUCAUGUACACGAUACUGUCGGUACAGAACAGUUGUUAGACCUAAGUGUCGAAGAUUCGAGACAAAUUCCAUGCUAUAUGAUGUAUCAUCAGUUCGGCCAAUUGUUGACAAACAUCCUUCUCGGCAACAACUUUCCAAAGCAUCCAAACCUUCUGAUAAAAGAGGUAACUAUUGAACCGGCACUGUCACUACAAUGGCGGGGCAGCCGUUACAAGAUGAUGGACAUCAUUGUUGAUCUGGUUCCCGCAAUCCAACUUCCUUGCUGGCCUGAGAAAAUUCGGAGGGAUUGUAAUCUUCUGACUCCUGAUAUCCUUCAGAUCCCGGGCAUGGCUGUGUCCAAGAUGGUAGGUGAUGUAGCAGAAGAUUUAUGGCGAUGUUCAAUGUCAUUACAGGAAACUGCAAUAUUCCGGAAGCUGCAGCCAUGUGUCAGAAACAGCUAUACAGUCGCUAAGGCAUUGUUAAAUUCUACAGUGGUGUGUCCGCUAGGGAAAGAAGAAGAAACUGAGGAAACUGCGUUCAUCAGAGAAUUCCAAGUUCAGUCGAUGACUGAUUCCGAAGACGGUGUGUUUGUUACUGUAGCAGAAAAAGCUAUCCCGUCAUAUUUUUUGAAAAUGAUGUUCUUGCUUUCUCUAGAAGACAAGGCUAAAAGAGAAGGACUAGGCAGUGUUUAUGAAAGCGAUCCGCAAACGGAUGUAUGUGGUGCCCUAACAACAAUCAACGAACAAAAUACCGACCCUGAUAAAUCUAGUCCACCUGUCAAACGCAAAAAAAACACAUUAUCGUAUGGGCCAGCCGAAGUACGAAACAUACAACGAACUGCAGGAGAGAUUGAUAUCGACCUGGUCCGUGACAUUUAUCACAGAUGUGAAGCAUGUUUGUGUGAAGGAAAAGUCCCAUCUUUCUUCAAUCCGAGGCAAGACGUCCUUGGGUCAAGAGGAGAAGAACACAGAAUGCAAUUGGCAUUGAACUAUGUUAAAUUUAUCAAUAAACUGCUAGAUGAUUAA